UACAAAGCGAGCCGUUUCUCCAGACUAAGGUUAAUACAAACUCUUUCUCACUACUAUAUAAACCUUAACUUUGGUUCAGUCAAAAUCUUUUUCCCUGGUGGAAAAGAAUUUUCUGUUUGUUUAGGUGGGCGCGGGUGGUGUCCUGGGUGGCUUUUGCGUGCAAAGGAAUUUUGGAAUCGUCGUACAGCCAACAGGAGAAAAAGGCUGAGUGUUUGCAACAAUUAUCUUCCACCAUGAACGAUGCCUGGUUGGAGUUUUGCUAAAUAGAGGAUUGUCUUCCAAGGGACUUUACGCUCCAUUCUUGCCAUACCAUAGCAGCAUGUAUGCGUUUUUUGUCGUUUAGUUUGCUGUGGUGGUAUUAGCGUUGAUCGAUAAAGCAGUUUGCUUCUCAAAACGCCAGACCAAUGGAUUUCUCGGAAGCAUUAAAAAUUCCCAUCAGCAAAUCGCACGCCCCAUUGCCUGGCGGUAGCAUUGUGAAUGGGGUACCAGGUGCCGGAAGUACGCACGCCGUUAGCGGUCCGGAGCAAGGUGCUGGCUAUGUUACGGAGAAGCUGUACAUGUUGCUUCAGCUGUACCUACAGAACAAGGGUUGGAAUCCGUCGGUGGAGCUGUUGCAGUGUUUUGCCGAGCUAAAGGACACACCGAUUCUGCCGAGUGCGGCCUACCUGCAAGCAUUGGCGAGCAGGGUUGCGUUGGACAAUCAGGGACGGUUGGUGCUGCGCGAGACGGGUAAGAUUGUGCUACCAUACGAACAUUUCGCGAAUGCGGUCAUGUUGAAGCACAUGUCCGGACCGCACGGGUUGCAUCUCAGCAUCGAAGCGACGGUACGGGCCGUGAUGGAUUCGUACACGAUCGGGCGUGACAGCUUCGGUAUGGAGAAAGAGUUCAUUGUGGAGGUAGUACAAUCGUGUCCGAGUCCAGCCUGUCGGUACUACAAGGGACAGCUCGGUGUCGGUACGUUUAUUGAUCAACCCACAUUCGGUGCUAGCAGUAGUGGUGGUGGCGGUGGUGCAAGCGGUCCACCACCAGGAGGACAUCUUAACUCGGCAGAAUACCUAACACAUCUGCAACAGCAGCUCGGUCAGCAGAAUGCUGGUCUUUUUGAGCUCGGUGCGAAUGAGCGUGAUCCCGCCAAAGCGUUAAUGGGUCAAGUGAAACACUCGAAAACGACCGCUUCGCCCCAGCACCAGCAGCCCCAUAUAAAUGCGGCUCUUUUUCAGCAGCAGCAGCAGCAGCAACAGCAAAAUCGCGCUAUUGUACCACCAAAAGCGCCACCGUUUGAUGGUUUUAGUAAUCUAUCGGCGUUCGAUAAGCAGCGCAUGUUACAGCAUCUCCAGGACAAGCAGAAGCAUUUCGAAGCGGCACAUAUCGCACCACCGUCGCACGUUGUCGGUACAGGUGUGUUGGGCGCAGGUGUGAUCAGCAAGCAGCAGCAGGUGCAACAGCAACAGCAAGCUGCCACUCUGCUUCAGCAACAUCAAACACAGGCUCUUCAGUCGAGCAAUGCAUCCCAUCAUCAUCUUCAUCAUACGCAGCAGCAGCAGCAGCAGCAACAGCAGCCACAGCAACAAUCGCCAUCGCAACCACCAGCAGUAUCCGUACAACAGCAACAACAUACCCAGUCAUCCACCAUUGUUGGACCACUGAUACCGCCAAUGAUGAAUCAACCACAGCAGCAGCAGCAGCAGCAGCAACAGCAGCAACAGCAACAACAUCAACAACAGCUAGCAAUGCAGGCCCACCUUAGUCAACCUCCGCUGCAGACGGUCAACAUGGACACCGGGCACAAGCUGUCGGACUACAUGCGUGGUGCUAUCGAUCCGCACGAGUGUGUGUCUACAGCCAGCAGUGAGCUGUUGGCCCUUCACAACGGAGCAUGGAAUCAAGACCGGGGCGAUGGUGUCGCCAUCAGUCAGGAUAAAAUAAUCCGUGCAUUCAGCGAGCUGAUGCGCAACAUCGCGAAGAUGAAGACGUUCAUACGGCCGAGUAUGUGCAAACCGUACGGCAAACAGUCGGAAAGCCUUCAGAAAACACUUUUCGACACCAUACAGUUACUGCAGAUGCUGCGCAACUGUCUACCGGCACCACAUAUUCCGGUGUCCUCGUGGAAGGGCAGCGAAGUAACCGGAAGCACUGAGACAGCAUUAAAUUAAGCUAAUCAUGUGCUUCACCAGGGAUGUUUCAAACCAUAACUUCAUUAGACGAUGGGAAAACACUUUUCGGAGUAUAUUAGACCUUUUAGUCAUUUUCCUCCUACGUCCCUAGCAAGACUUGCAUGUAAAGGUGCGACAGGCCUAAGCAAAUAGCGACCACAGAAGAGGGAGUUUCGCAUUUCAAAGCGCGUUAAACAGAUGAGAAUAGGCGAAGAUGGCUAAUUGGUGUACGUGACGCUUAAUCCUUUUAGACUUUGAAUAGCAAAAAAGGGCAAACAUUCGGCAAACUCCGUUUUACCACCGUGUUAAGGGACGUCUAUGUAUUCGCAACAAGCACAAAUCUUCAAGACCAAAAACGACAAUUGCAUUCUGCAUGUCGGGUUUUUACAAUGACCCACUAAAGUAAAAGGGAGCAGGUAGUGUACCAAGGCCACUUCUAUCACUAUAAUUAUUACUGUGCUGGCGGUGUAACAGCUAUAAUAAUAAUAUUUUCAAUUAUCUAGUCCUUAAAUCCCAACCGGAACAGCACCCGGGAGGAAAUUGAUUGCCAAAGAGUAAGCGCAUUAGCGCAAAUAACUCCAGCUUAGCGGUAGUGUUUUUUUUACUAGCUUUUAGGAAUCCUAAUAUCUUUAGCAACAUUAUUUAAGAUUAAUACCAGUGGAAAAGAGAAGGAAAGCAACAUAGUGUAAUGUAUCAGUCGCAGAAGGGAUAACAAUUGCUUCGUACACCCCGUACAGCGGUACUUAACGAAGGGGCGAAUCGUUUUCCUUAAAAUUCUGAUGUGAUUUUUUUUCUCUUCGACCUCGUCCUGUCCAUGUGCAAUACACAGUUUACGAACAUUAUCUCAUAAUCUCCAUUUUUUUUGGGGUCGACUAGCGCGCAUCCUCAAGUGCUCAUGUGUGAUCAUACAGUAAAAUAAAAUACAAUAACUUAACAUUAACACUAACCGACA